GACUAAGAGAAAACUGGUCGGAGAGAGGCAAUGGCGGAUCCACUGAGGGGUUGGGGCUGCAGAGAGCUGUUCCUGCUCUCCAUGCUGCUGGGGACGCUGUGGGGAGCCGGGGCCGGGCAGAUCCGCUACUCGGUGCCAGAGGAGCUGGAUAAAGGCUCCUUCGUGGGUAACAUCGCCAAGGAGCUCGGGCUGGAUUCCUGGGAGCUGGCGGAGCGCGGAGUCCGCAUCGUCUCCAGAGGUAGGACGCAGCUCUUUGCUCUGAACCCGCGAAGCGGCAGCUUGGUCACCGCAGGCAGGACAGACCGCGAGGAGCUCUGCGCUCAGAGCGCGCGGUGUCUGGUGAGUUUUAACAUCUUGGUUGAGAGUAAAAUGAAAAUGUAUGGGGUAGAAGUAGAAAUAAUCGAUAUUAAUGAUAACUUCCCGCGUUUCCGGGAUGAGGAAGUAAAAGUAAAAGUUAAUGAAAAUGCGGCGGUGGGAACGCGGUUAGUACUUCCCUUUGCUCGAGAUGCCGAUGUGGGUGUGAACUCCCUCCAGAGUUACCAGCUCAGCUCCAAUAUGCACUUCUCUUUGGCCGAGAAAAGCGACACAGAUGGACAGAAAUAUCCAGAGCUGGUACUGGAACAGCCGUUGGACCGAGAGAAACAGUCCUGCCACCACCUGGUCCUCACGGCUGUGGAUGGGGGUGAGCCAGCCAGAAGCUGCACUAUGCAGAUCAGGGUAGUUGUGGUAGACACAAAUUAUAACCCCCCAGUGUUCACCCAGGACAUGUACAGGGUCAGUGUACAAGAGAACCUACCCCUGGGUUCCUCUGUGCUAAGAGUGAUGGCCACUGACUUGGAUGAGGGCAUCAAUGCUGAGAUCACCUACGCUUGUAUCAAUAUUGGUAAGGCAGUGAGAUAACUGUUCAAGCUGGACAGUGAAACAGGGGAACUCACCAGUGGUGGAGGACUGGACUUUGAAGAGAGAGGCAGCUACACAAUUGGGGUGGAAGCAAAGGAUGGUGGACGUCACACUGCGCAUUGCAAACUACAAAUAGAUAUUUUGAAUGAAAAUGACAAUGCUCCCGAGAUAACCCUGGAUUCUGAAUCUAAAUAUAUACAAGAAGAUGCUGAGCUGGGGGCUGUUGUUACCUUGAUCAAAACACAUGAUCUAGAUUCUGGGUUUAAUGGGAAAAUCUUAAGCCAACUAAAAGGAAAUUUCCCAUUUAAAAUAGUUCAAGAUACAAAAAACACAUACAAGCUGGUGACAGAUAGAGCCUUAGAUCGAGAGAAGACUCCGGAAUACAAUGUCACUAUCACAGCUACUGAAAAGGGCAAGCCGCCCCUCUCCUCUAAAAGAAGUGUCACCUUGAAAGUCGCUGAUGUCAACGACAACGCUCUGGUUUUCCACCAGGCCUCCUACGUGGUCCAUGUGGCAGAAAACAACCUGCCCGGCGCCUCCAUCGCCCAAGUUAGAGCUUCAGAUCCAGACCUGGGGCCCAACGGCCACGUCUCCUACCCCAUCCUGGCUAGCGACCUGGAGCCGCGCGCGCUGUCGUCCUACGUGUCCGUGAGCGCACAGAGCGGCGUGGUGUUCGCGCAGCGCGCCUUCGACCGCGAGCAGCUGCGCGCCUUCGGGCUGACGCUGCAGGCCCGCGAGCACGGCUCACCCGCGCUCAGCGCCAACGUGAGCCUCCGCGUGCUGGUGGGCGACCGCAACGACAACGCGCCCAGGGUGCUGUACCCGGCGCUGGGGCCCGACGGCUCGGCGCUCCUCGACACGGUGCCGCGCGCCACGCAGCCCGGCUACCUGGUCACCAAGGUGGUGGCUGUGGACGCCGACUCUGGACACAACGCCUGGCUGUCCUACCACGUGCUGCAGGCCAGCGAGCCCGGACUCUUCAGCGUGGGGCUGCGCACGGGCGAGGUGCGCACGGCGCGGGCCCUGGGCGACAGGGACGCGGCCCGCCAGCGCCUGCUGGUUGCUGUGCGCGACGGGGGACAGCCGCCCCUCUCGGCCACCGCCACGCUGCUCCUGGUUUUCGCGGACAGCCUGCAGGAGGCGCUGCCGGACCUCAGUGACCACCCUGAGCCCACUGACCCCCAGGCUGAGCUGCAGUUUUACCUGGUGGUGGCCUUGGCCUUGGUUUCGGUGCUCUUCCUCCUGGCAGUGAUUCUGGCGGUUGCCCUGAGUUUGCGACGCUCCUCCAGCUCCGCCACCUGGAGUUGCUUUCAGACUAGAUUUUACUCCUAA